UUCACUUUUCACCCUUUUCCUGUGGGGAGCUGCUCUGUGGAGGGCUGGUCUCUGGCUUGGUGAGUAAAUGUUGAGCAGGCCUACAGCAAUUCUCCUCCACUGGUUCAGGACUGCUAUAGUGUUCUUUCUCUUCCUGCCAUUCUUACCCUGCCCCCUUUGGUAUUACCAGACCCACAGGGGUUUGUGAGCAAGAAGAGCCUCUGGAGUCAGGACAGGAAGAAGCCAGGAGAGAUUGGCCAUGGAUUUUUCAUCGCAAGAGAGCAUAAAUGAGGUGACCUGCCCCAUCUGCCAGAAGGUCCUAACAGAACCCAUGAGCUUGGACUGUGGCCACAGCUUCUGCCAAGACUGUAUCACUGCAGAGAGUGAAUCAGGGGACCGUCUAGGAUUGGAAUGCUUCUGUCCUGUUUGCCAGAGCAGAUACCAGCCUUGGAACCUCCGGUUUAAUUGGGAGCUGGCAGACAGAGUGAAGAAAUUCAAGGAGGUCGACAUGAGUUUACACCUGGGUAGGAAGAGCGAUCUCUUUGAGCACCAUGAAGAAAAUGACCAAUUUUCCUGUACAGGAGACCAAAUCUCCUAUACAGAGGAGGAGGAGGCUUUUAGUAGGCUUUGUGUUGAUGAACAGGAAGGUUACCGAUUGUCCCCUAAAGAAGAGGUGGUCAAAGAAUGUCAGGAAAAGAUCCAGGAAGCUCUGAAUAAGCUGACGCCAGAGCAGCAGGAAGCUGAGCAAUUGGAAGCUGACAUCAAUGAAGAGAGAGCUACCUGGGUGAAUCGUAUGCAGACUGAGAGAGAGAGGAUUCUCCAAGGGUUUGAGGAAAUGAGAGACAUCCUGGACAAAGAGGAACAGAGGGAGCUGCACAAGCUGGAGGAAGAUGAAAUGAAUGUGCUGGGUGACUUAACAGCAGCUAUAGACCAGGUGGUCCAGCAGAAGCAGCACCUGAGCAAGCUAAUCUCAGAUCUCCAGUGUCACAUGUCAGAAUUGUCUAUAGACAUGCUGCAGGAUGCGAUUAACAUCCUAGCAAGGAGCAAGAUCUGGACCUUGAAGAAGCCAAAAAUUAUUCCCAAGAAACUGAAGAAUACAUUCCGAGUUCCAGAUCUCAAUGGGAUGUUGCAAAAUUGUAAAGAGCUGACAGAAGUUCAAAGCUACUGGGUGGACUUGAUGCUGAAUCCACUCAACAAUCUUUCAAAUAUUGCUGUUUCUUCGGAUCAGAGACAAGUGACAUUUGGGCAAUAUUCUAUGUUUAGCAAUGUAUAUCCAUGCAAUUUUUCUGCUUUUGAUGUCUUGGGCAGCCGAAAUUUCUUCUCAGGAAAAUAUUAUUGGGAAGUUGAUGUGUCUGGGAAGAUUGCCUGGCUCCUGGGGGUAUACAGUACACCAAGUAACCUCAACAGAAAAAAAAGCUCUGGGUUUGUUUUUAACCCAAAUGUAAAUUAUUCAAAUGAUUACUCCAGAUUCAGACCUGAAAAUGGCUACUGGGUUAUAGGCUUACAGAACAAAUCUGAGUACAGUGCCUUUGAGGACUCUCCCACCUCAGAUCCCAAGGUGCUGACCCUUUACAUGGCUGUUCCUCCCCGUCGAGUUGGGGUUUUCCUAGAUUUUGAAGCAGGUGCUGUCUCGUUUUUUAAUAUCACAAACCAAGGGUCACUCAUCUACAAGUUCUCUAAAUGUCACUUUUCUCAGACUGCUUAUCCAUAUUUCAAUCCUUGGAACUGUCCAGUUCCCAUGACCCUGUGCCCACCCGGCUCCUGAGUGCUCUCCUGCCCUCACCCACUUCUGUGUAGCAACUUGUCCUGGGCUCACCUCCUGCCCCUGAGCUCACUGCUCCAUUCACACCAUCUCUUCCUUGCUGUUUCUCUUCUUCAGGACUUUUAGCCAUUUGGGGGAUUUGCAUUGUUUCUGAUGUAAGUUAGAUGGGAAGCUUAUUUAGUUUUUACCAUUUUCUGUAUUCUCAGUGAGAGACAUCUAAUCCCUCCUAAAGACAGAGCAGUAUUGGUGUAACAUCUCUGCCCUCUCACUUCUCCAUAUUUUUCUUUAUCACUGAUCUGAAGAGACAUGGAUCACCUGUGUCCACCAACCAUGAUCUCAGGACAACACACAGUCACCCACCCACCCCCACCAACUGAGAAGUGUCUGUGUGUUGCCCAGCAUACAGCAGGAGGCUGUUCAGAGGGCUGAGAAAAAAAUAAAACAAAAGUAAUAUAUGUAUCCAGAAUGAAAAUUUCAUGUUCAGAAUUUCUUAGUUCAAAUCAUGUCUCUUCUCAUAAAUGGUGUGUAGCCAUCAGUAGAUUUUUGUUUCUUCUCAUAAAAUACAAAUUGUAAUUUAAGCUGCACCUUAACCCUGAAGAUUGUUGUGUAAAACUAACCUACCCUGGAUGUAAAGCUCCUAUUUAUGUUUCCAGCACAAUUACAGUAAAUAUUUGCUCUCGUGUCACUGAGAAGCAUAAGCUGAGGUGACCUGUGCAACAGGUCUGUGCCCUUCAGAGGAGCAGUAAGUGCUUCUGCUGCAGCCUCGUCUGUCAGGUUCCAGGUUCUGCUGUCAAGACCAGUCCAGUCCCAGUCUUCAGUCAGAGACCUUUUUAUACCCAGACUGGGACUGUGUUAAAGCCCUUUCUUGGAAAUGGAUCUGAAAAACGCAAAAGUAUGAGUCUCCAAGACCUGUCUAGCAGAGGAAGCCAUGUCUGAGGACAGCUGUUCUUCUGGGGGCAGCCUUUUGGUUUUCAGGACUUUUUCUUGCUGUGAAACAUCUCAGUAUAGCACCCUAUAGACCAUCCCAUGCACUUUUCUCUUCCUUACUUCUAAAGUCAGUUUCAAAUUAUGUUGAGGAAUAGAUUUGCCCAGGAUAGGGAAGGGACAAACUUUUCUUAGGAAACCACACAUUAUAAAUGAGGACUGUCUACUGCACAGAACCCACAUCAACAUGUAGAGGGGUAAUUACUUAUCCCAGUGUGAUAAAAAAGAUGGUACUUGUCUGAGGAAAAUGUGUCCAUGCAAAUUUAUCCUUGCACACACAUACAUAUACAACACAUGUGUGUAUAUAUAUGUAUAUAUAUAUAUACACACACACACACCCAUAUAUAUAUAUACACACAGAGAUAUGUAUAUAAUUGUAUCUAUGUAUAAAUAUAUAGGGAGCACGUUAAUCUCAGUUAAUCUUUUUAAAUAUCAUAAAAUAAAUAAUUCUUUAUCAGGGAUUUAAAACAUUUACAAACUUAUGAGAUAUAUUUGAAUGUUCUGUAACUAAUGAGUGGAGGAGCCAAGGUUGGAACCAGGUCUAUGUUUCUCCAGCACAGACUUUCUGCUGUUCACUCCCCAGGAAAGAUAAGAGCCAAAUCUCCUAGGAUGUGAGGUAGAAGGGAAAUUGCAGGAGAUGCUGAUUUAUAGAAGGAGCCUGGAGAAUCAUGAGAAAGUCUUAGGGGCCAUGAGAUAUUGAUUGCUGUGUUCAAUCCAGGUAGCCAUUAAUGAAACAGGAGGUGCUCAGUAUAAUGUUUAAAACCAUGCUGAGUAUUUAAUGACCGGGGUGCUCUUGCAGGUGACAUGUUGUAGAGAGUGAACAUUGUGCACAGUUGAACCUUGACUUUAAAAUUAGAUAGAAUUUCAUAAUCAUACUGAUAUUGCUACUCACUGGUCUAUAUUUAAGUUGGAUUUAGCUUCUUAUAAGAAAUAAAAAAUAGUAAGAAUAACAUAAGAAUAUUGAGAGAAUGAAGAAAUAGAGCUUUUGCACUUUCUCACUUCCUAGCACAGAAGCAGUGGUCCAGAUUGUUGUCGAUUGAUUUUCUCUGUGAUUUGAAAUAAUGAAUGUUAAAAAUGAGUAUUAAUCUACCUCAAAUUUAAUAUCUUUGCUAUGAUUUAAAAUAGAAUAAGGAUUAAUGAAGUACAUCAUUUUAGUCUUAUCUUUCUGCAUAAAAAUAUUUCUGGUCUUUUAAUUUUGAAAUAUAGUUUAUCUUAUACUUUUCUAGUGUACAAUUCUAGAUUGUAAUUGAUUUUCUCUAAACAUUCUCUUUGAAUUUAUUAUUUAAUAUUUGCUAUCAAUCACAUUGUGUUUUUUAUUGUGGUAAAAAUUAUUUAAUAUGAGAGCUAACUGCUUACAUUUUUAAGGCAUUCCAGUUCAAUAGGUUUAAAGUUUCAGUUAUGCAAGAUAAGUUCUAUAAAUGUGCUGCAUAAUAUUUUGCCUAUACUUAUAUUUAUUGUGCAUUUAAUGAUUAUUUUUUAUUUUAAAAUAAAGUUUUAUGUUUUGUUGUUGCUACCUAC